AUGGGUUUCGCCGAUCUUGUCUCUGACGCCGGAGCUGCCACCCUCAACGGAUGGCUCGCCACCCGCUCCUACAUUGUUGGCCACACUCCCUCGCAGGCCGACGUUGCCGUCUUCAAGGCCCUCUCCUCCGGCCCUGACGCCGCCAAGUACCCCUACGCCGCUAGGUGGUACAAGCACAUCGCCACCUACGAGUCCGAGUUUGCCUCCCUCGCCGGCGAUGCGUCCAAGCCCUACUCCGUCUACGGCCCCGAGUCUGGCGAGCUCACCCUGAACCCCGCCAAGGCCCCCGCCGCUGAGGAGGACGAGGACGACGUUGACCUGUUCGGCUCCGACGACGAGGAGGAGGACGCCGAGGCCGCGCGCAUCCGUGAGGAGCGUCUCGCCGAGUACAAGAAGAAGAAGGAGGCCAAGCCCAAGACCACCGCCAAGUCGGUCGUCACCCUUGACGUUAAGCCUUGGGACGACGAGACCGACAUGGCCGCCCUCGAGGCUGCUGUCCGUGGUAUCGAGAAGGACGGUCUGGUGUGGGGUGCCUCCAAGCUCGUGCCCGUCGGCUUCGGCAUCAAGAAGCUCCAGAUCAACCUCGUCAUCGAGGACGAGAAGAUCUCGCUGUCCGACCUCGAGGAGGAGAUCCAGGAAUUCGAGGACCACGUCCAGUCCACCGAUAUUGCUGCCAUGCAGAAGCUGUAA